AUGGACGAGGUAUACUUCGACUCGGAGGCAGAGUCUGUCCAGCCCACCAAAGGCAAUUUAGAUGCCGAUGGUUGGCCUGAUGCCGAGAACGACUCUAAGGACGACGUCGAGGACAUGGUGACCGGAUCAAAGCCUUAUCGGACCGACGGACAUGACCCUUCCCUGGUCGACGCUGGGGAAAAGGUAAUCCUGAAAGCCUUUGAGGUAAAGAUCCGGAUGAUGAAGAAAGCUGCUGCUUCCUUGAGAGAGGAUGAAACUAAUCCUCCAAUGACCUGGUCAACGGCAUGCUUCCUUUGGACUCAUGACGUGGAUCACCUGGUCGGCCUGUAUAUGCCAGGCUUUUCUCGCAAAGCUCGUGCGCUGUUCGCAAAACCCUGGACAACGGAGAAUCUCCUUGAUCUCCCACUCGCCCAAAGCGAUCUGAAGACGGGUGUCUAUCUUCUGAUGGCAGUCCUCAAGCGAGUGGCUGUGGGCGCUUAUGAGCUCUGA